AUGGCGCCUCACGGAUACGCGUUGCGUAGCCGCAUGACACCACAGAAUUUGCAGAACGAAGCAACAUGCAAAGAUCACAAACCUGCUGCAGCGCCCAAAGUGAUUGCAGGACCAAGCACCGUCAAGCUAUCAAGCCCAUCCCCUGAGAAUCACUGCAACUAUGAGCCCAAACGGGUGGCUCAUCUGAGGGACAAAAGAGCGGCCUACUUUAUCGACAACGCAUUCAGGCUGCUUCGUCCCAGGCUGGUGCCUCAUGACCACCCGGUUGACGAUGAAGAAGUGCUCAUUCCCCUGCGGGAGGGUGUGGGUGCACCCGUCGUCCCCAUGCGAAGGAAGCUGAUACGGAUGGGCCUGCACAGGACUGGGGUGACGCCGGGUGGUGACCCGACUGAGGUUCUGGAUGAGAUUGUCGUGGGCGGUGCCAAGGUCAGCCAGGAAGACGUGAGCCAUUCCGACCAGGACAACGGUAGCAAGGCCGUCCAGGAGGAUGACAGGAACAGCGAGCAGGCAGCGGUUCAGGCUGGAGAGGCCGCUACAAACACAGCAGGCAUUUUGAAUAUGGAUAACACCAUUGUUGCAGGUACCAUUACCGAUGAGAAUGACGGCUACGACGACGACAAUGAUUCACACACAGAGGUCGAGUCUGAGGCAUUUGCUGCAGAGUUAGAGUUGCCAUUCAAAGAUACACCAAUGGCAGACGGACCUGGUGCACAGCCGGAAUCACCCGUUGUGAACGAAUCUAUGGAAGAAGAGGAUGAAACUGUAGUUGCAGCUAGCAUAGCGGAUCAAAACGGCGGCAGCGACGACGACGAGCUGACGGAAGUCGAGCCUGAGGCACCUGUCGCAAAGGCGCGUCUUGCGCACGACAAGUCACCUAUUGAAGAUGUGACUAUGGUGGACGCUCAGGAGAUUGACGUUAAAGAUACCAUGCUCGGUCAGGACACCGAGGUCAACUUGCAGGCAGUGGCAGAGCACGAAGAAUCUAUUGCGGAUGCCUCUAUUGCAAAGACGUCUGUUUCAGUGGCACCCACCUCAGAGGCAACAGUUGCGGAUACGCAUAUUGCAGAAAAGCCUCAGGAACAUACAACCGCUGGGGAUAUAUCAAUGACAGAGGCACGCGAAAUCAACACGAGCAGCACUGUCAAGCCAAAUACCACAAGCAGUUGGCAUACGAUGGCCGAGCUGGGAGAAUCUAUCAUGGAGACAGCUAUUUCAGAGGCCCUUCCUACAAGGACACCUUCGAAGAGGGAACCUGUUGCAAAGGCGCUUAUGGCAGAUGUACAGGUUGAUUUCACUACCAGCCCAGCAACUGCAGAUGUCGCUGCGCCUCGAUCUUCAUUUGCUGUUUUUUCAUCAUCUAUGAAUCCGACCUCAGAACCAACCAACCCUGCAGAUUCCUCUCUCCUCAACCCCCAACUACCAUUGCCACAGUCCAGACAGUCUCGACCUGUGGGGCCUACUCAGCCUUCUCGACAUUCUCUACCUUCUGAGCCCACUCUAAUUCCUCACCCUCCUCGACCGCCCCCGCCUCUCUUUCAUGAGGUCGCUCCUCGUCUUCCUUUACCUCCCCCACCUUCAGCACGUCCAGCACCAACAGCCACCACUGUAAGCCCACCAGAUCUGCCUCGAGAGUAUGACGACAUCACAGGCUACGAGCACGGUGACACGCCCGAGACUUAUUACCUUCCGUUCGCGGGAGAUGCUGAUCGCACGAGGGUCCAUCUUACGAGACGGGCGGAAAACAUCAAGCGGGCAAACCGGGAGGCGCGGCCGUCAUGGAGAGGUUGA